AAAAAAAAAAAGAUUUAGUUGCAAUCAGUGCAUUCUGUAAUAUACCUGUAAACUUAUUUUAUCGACAUGUAAAAUGCAAAAUCUAACAUUAACACAUAGUAUAAACUAAACUCAAUUCAUUUCAAAAAGGUAGUUUUUAUUUUUUGGAACUCAUGUGUUAAAAUUGUUGAGAUUACAUUGUGGGACAUUUUCCAAGAUGGAUCAGACAUGUUUGAAAGAAUUGAAAAGUAUGACAUCCAUAGAGAAAAAGGCCUUCAUCAACUCCUUUGACACUAUUAUCACUGAUUGCGAUGGAGUCCUCUGGUGGGGUCCCAAGGUCAUAAAGCGGGCAGUCGAUACCAUCAACACCUACAAGACGUUCAAGGCAGUCUACUUCUUGACGAACAGCAGCACCAAAACCACCGAGCAGCUACUCAAAAAAUUCAGGUCCUUGGGGUUCAAUGCUGAGGUGGAUGAAGUUCUGGGCACCGCGAUGCUGACAGCAGAGUAUCUCAGGUCGAUGGGAAUCUCAAAAAAGGUUUAUCUCGUCGCCCCUGUUGCAGUCAAAUCCGAACUAGAAGCAAUUGGCAUUAAUAGUGUGGGCUGUGGGCCGGAUGUGAUGCCCAUUGAGGGAUUCAAAGAACAGUUUUUUCUCGAGCCUGAUGUUGAUGCAGUGGUUGUCGGGUUUGACAUCCACUUCAGCUAUCCGAAGUUGGCGAAAGCUACUGCUUACCUCACCCGAGCAAACCACAUUCCGUUCUUGGCGACAAACCCUGAUAACAAGCUGCCUAAACGAGGUGGUGGCUUCGAGCCUGGCUCUGGCUCCUUCAUAAAGGCGAUUGAGUCCUCGAGUGGCAGGAAAGCCACGAUAGUAGGCAAGCCAUCUAAGUUCGCCUUCGAAUAUGUGUCCAGCCUCCGGCCACAGGAUCCCAAAAGGGUCUUAAUGAUCGGUGAUAGAUGUGAUACAGAUAUUGAGUUUGGCAGAAAACUCGGCAUGCAGACUUUGCUUGUCCUGACCGGCCAUAAUAAAUUGGACGAUGUCAAAGAGUACAAGGCUUCUGGAAUGUACCACUUGGUCCCUCACUACUACACCAAUUCUAUCGCGGACCUCCUCGACCUGCUCACCCCUGCUCAAUACAACAGUACAGAAAAUUUUAAGAGAUAAACUCGUACUACCCAGUGACACACAGUUUCUACGAGACAAUAUUUAUUGAGACUCAUAAGAAAUAAAGUCAGCUUCGUACAGUUUAA